UAGUGCAUCAUGGGGAUUUGGGGCAGUGGAUGCCGCUGUGCUCGCUGGGAAUGAGGCCUCUCCCUGCCCCGGUGCACCCUGGGAUAUCAUGGUGGGUGGCCUCCCGCAGUUGCCCGCAACUUGCUUCCCCCUCUGAAUUGUCACCCCCCUCAUAGGGGAAGCGCCCCCGCAGUCUGCGCAUGCGCAUCAUUCUAGCAGCCGCCCCGCCCAAGUAUUACGCAUGCGCAGACCAUUCGUCGUAGGCUCGCCGCGACGCAUUGAGCAGAAUCUAUACGCAUGCGCACUGUCAGACGCGGAGCUACACGACGUAUGUCGCGCAUGCACAGUCAACUUCGCCACGCGCCUUUCCCAACGCGCAUGCGCUUGCCGCAGUAGCGCGACGCUGGGAACAGAAGGACCCCGCGUCCUCCCGUCUUUUGGCUGCCUUGAUGGAUGCCUGAUUAAAACUACUCCUCUCCGGGGGCGGGGCUGGGGGAGGGAGCCCAGAUGGGGAAACAAGAUGUCUGAAGUCACAGCAGAGAAGCAUCCCUUGGCUGAGCCGCUCCCGCAGGAGAUCCCAGUGCGGCCUGCGCUCCCUGCCAAGCAGGAGGCUGCACCGGCCCGGGCACGGUGCCCCAGCUCUGACCCAGAGCCCAUCUGCAUUGAGGAUGAACCCGCCCGGCCCAGCCCCGAGGGGAAGGUUAAGGCCUCUUCCAGCAACAGCCCCGUCUAUCGCCUGGGUUCCAACCAGUGCUUCCACUGCCUGAUCACCUUCCCGGACGAGAAGUUCAAGGAGCGGCACAUGAAGCGGGAGCACCCCGAGGACUUUGUGCAGGAGAAUCUGCGCGACGCCCUCUUCGUCUGCUUCAUCUGCAGCAAGCCCUUCGAGAGCUCCCGCGCCCUCAUCUGCCACCAGCGUGGGCAUGCCCCUGCCCCGCCCCCCGACUGCCCCGACUGCCUGCGCCCCGCCUUCGAGUGCCCCGACUGCGGCCGCCGCUUCGGCCAGCUGGCCAACUACCAGCGCCACCGGCUGGGUCACGCCGCCGGCCGCAGCCUGCCCCACCAGUGCCCCGACUGCGGCAAGAGCUUCCGCCAGCUCUCCAACCUGCGCCGCCACCAGGCCUCCCACCAGCGCCCCCUGGAGCUGCUGCCCUCCCGCCCCUACUCCUGCACUGAGUGCGGUGAGAGCUUCGCCCAGGAGGCCGGCCUGCACGAACACUACAUCCGGCACGCCCGCGGCGAGCUCUAGCGCCCCGGCCUGGGGGCUCUGGCGCUGCCCCUGGAGCUCUAGCGCCCCUCCAGCCCCCGUGGGGAGAGCUGGGACUGCAGCAGAAUGCCCCCCUCUUCUGCCACCGAGCCCUCUCCCAUCGGCUCCAGGCACUGGGACAGCAGGCGCCACCUGGCAGGAAGUCGAGCUAGAAUGGGACUGGAAGGACAUUGAUGGGACUAGAGGGUGCCAGCUCCCAUCCAGUCCCAGGGCAGGAGGGCUGGCUGGCUCAGGGGGUUGGGGAAUGGGGCAUGGGGCCUGUCCCCUCUAGGGAGCACGGGCUCCUAUCUGGUCCCAAGGCGGGAGGGCUGGCUGGCUCAGGGGGCUGCCAGCUGAAACCUCCCCCCCAUCCCCCUGUGUCCGUUAGGCACCCUACAGCAUCUCUCUCCCCACCCUGCUCUUCCUCCCAUAAACGCCUCAUGCCUCCCCUGCAGCCAAGCACCGAGCGUUCCACGGCACCGGCUGUCACCCCCUAGUCCGGGUGGAGGCUGCAGUGCCCCACACUGGAGUCCUGGCGGGAGAGGACCUAACCCGAACACAUCCUCUUUCUUUGUUUGGGGCAGGGGGGAGCUUUCCAGCGCCCGUGUGUCCAGUCUCUGGGCUGUUACCCUGCAGCGUGGUGUGAUCUCUGACUUCCCCCGAGCAUAGCUGGAUCCAGUAAAGCCGUGUUAGCGCGGGGGUGACUUUUACCCUGCUAGUUAUCCCAGUGCAGCGCCUAGCACGGAGGCACUUACUCCAGUACGAAGGGCUGUUGUACCAGUCUGCCCCUGCAGUGUGGCACUGAGCCACCGUGAGCUGGGGUAUAACUGCCCAGUGCUGCAGGGGUCACAGACCCGAUCCCAGGGCGGGGGUUGUCUUCAGUGCUUCAGGGCGGAGCUGGGCAGCCAUGGGGAGGAGCUUUCGGGGGCAGUUUGGAGUGGAAUGGGGGAGAUGUGGGAUGAUGAGGAGAGCUGGGCUCCCAUAGCCGGCAGCGGGGCCGUGCCAGGACACUGGGGUGAGGAGUCAGUCCUAUUUUUCAUAUGGAAACAAUAAAGAGUUGGAAGCUGA